AUGGGCUGCCCACGGAGGAAGGCCCUGUCUCUCCUUAUUUUUGUGCCUGCCUGUCUGCAUGGGGCUUUGUCGCAGGGAUACAGCCCUGCAGGGCAAAGGAAACCAUUUCUCGAGAGGCUCCGCAGACUGGAAGGGCAGUUUCGGAGGCUCCAAGAGGUGACCUUAACACACCUGCGAGUCCUUGCCCGUAACUACAACCUGUCCUACGGCAUCGAUGCUCGGUUCCAGAGCCUGGUGCGCAAGACCCAGGCCGUGGCUCUGGCCGUGAACCAGUCGCAGGCAGCCAUGCAGGGCGACCUGAGCCACCUCAAGACCUGGAUGCAGAAGACCCAGCGCAGAAGCCGGAAGGUGGAGUCCAGGCUGCUGGCCUUGGGUGCUGCGCUGAGUGAAAGGGGCAAGCAGCGCACCCAGGAGGGGAAGGAGCCGCAGGUGCAGAGGGGCGCCCUCUCCGGCCUGGCCCCGGACCUGAGGGCCCUGCAGGACACGCUCGCUCACCUCACACACCUCGUGCAGGGCCAGGGCACCAGGCUGGCUGCUCUCAAGGGCCGGCUGCAGGUGGCCUGCCCUGGCACCAUGGCCCCAGGGCUGACCCCGGCCCGGCCCCCGACCCCACCUGGGCUGCCGAGCUCCAGCUCCCCAACGCUGCAGAGGGGAAGGCAGGCGCUCAGGCCUUCACCUGAGACUGGGGACCCACCUCAGGACUCUGCCAGUGGUCUCCAGGGGACUCGGGCGCUCCCCGGAUGGGCUGAUGGUGCAGCAAGGACCCAUGGCACCCUGCACGGCCAGCCUCACAGUGCUGACUCAGCCACGGGGUCUGAAGCCCAUGCCCGGGAGCAGUGUGGACACUCCUGCCGCCGCCUGGUGCUGGGGCUGACUCUCCCCCUGUUUCCAGCCCGUGACGUGGGCCCUGUGCUGGUCUUCCCGAACACCUCCACCCGGAACACCGCCUUCCUCAGCCCCGGCUUCCCGUCAGGCCUGCAAACCCUAUCUGUCUGCAGCUGGGUGCGCACGGCCUCGGGCCGCCUGGGCACCCUGCUCUCCUACGCCACGGAGGAGAAUGACAACAAGCUUGUGCUGCACGGCAGGGACUCCCUGGCCCCGGGCUCCAUCCACUUCGUGAUCGGAGACCCGGCCUUCAGGGAGCUGCCCCCGCAGCCGCUGCUGGACGGCCGGUGGCACCAUGUGUGUGUCAUCUGGAUGUCCACCCCGGGUAGAUACUGGCUGUACGUGGACCACAGCCUCGUGGCCACCGGCUCCCACUUCAGGGAGGGCUAUGAGAUCCCUGCAGGAGGGUCCCUCGUGCUGGGCCAGGAGCAGGACAGCAUGGGGGGCGGGUUUGACAGCUCUGAAGCCUUCGUGGGCAGCAUAGCAGGCCUGGCCAUUUGGGACCAGGCACUGGUCCCCGGGGAGGUCGCAAAACUGGCCACUGGGAGGGAGGUCCCCGGGGGCGCCAUCCUGACGCUGGACAAUGCCCAGUGGGGAGGCGGAUACGUGCAGAGGGUGAACUGCAGCUGCUUGGAGCUCUGCCCCUGA